CGAGAACGUCAUCGUCACUCUCCUCUUCCGAUCAAAGCUCCCCGGCGUUAAUAUUCUGAAACUCUAAUUCAGUUUUACGAGAUCUCUAUCUUUUGCUCCUCCGGAGAUUAGGGUUUCGGAAUUCACCAAUUUGAACAAUCCGAAUUUGAUUUUUGAAGUUGAUUGAGCUGUAAGCCAUGGGAGGCCACGGUGGUUUGAACAUCCUCCCGCAGAAGCGGUGGAACGUCUACAACUUCGACAACAGAGAGAAAGUCCGCAAGGACGAGGAAGCCGCCGCGAAGGAAGCUCAGAUUCAGCGCGAGGAAGCUAGAAAGCGAGACGCCCAGUCUCGUCUCGAGGUUCUCCGUAACGUCCGCGGCUUAGCUCCUCUUAAACGAUCUUCUCCCGAGGCGGAGAAAGCUAAAGACGCCGCUCCUGCUCCUGCUCCGGCGGAAAAGAUUGUUGAACCGGAGGAGCCUAAGACUGGUCACAUCAAUCUCUUCGAAGGGAUCAAGAUCUUCGACCCCAUCGAGUUGCCGAAGAAGGAUGGUGAUAAGCCUGGGGAGGAGGAAGAUCAUAGAAGGAAGAAGAUGAGGAAAGAAGCUGCUGCGACUGCUAGAGCCUCUGCGAAAGAUGCUGCUGCGAGGGCGGGGGAUCCAGAUGAGGAGAGGUAUAGGUUGGGGUAUGGUGUUGCUGGUAAAGGAGUGAAGCUUCCUUGGUACGUUGAGAACAAACGUAAGUAUGAAGAUAAUAGAGUUGGUUGUGGUGGUGGUGAGGAGGAGGAGGAUGAUGGUGGACGUGGAGGUGAGUCUAAGAAGAAGAGUGGGAAGAAGAGCUUGAAGGAGCUGAGGGAGGAGCGGUUGAAGAGGGAGAGGGUUGAGAAGGAAAGAGAGAGAGCCCUUUUCAUGAAGCAGAGCCAGAGAAGCGGUGGCUUUUCACGGAGGCGGUGAUUAAAUCACAAGGAUGACAAAGAAGACGUGUUGCAGAGAGAUUCGAAGACAGUUUCACAUUAUGUAAGCCUCUUUUCGUCAUCUAUCCAUGUAUAGAGAGAUGUUUCAACAGAUAGAAAAGUGGAAAGGAUGUGUGGUGAGUUUAUUGGUGAAACCUUUUAUUAUUUGCUUCCUGCUCAAAGAGUUAAUUGCCCUCAAAACUUCAGUGUACUCGUUGCAAAAAUAUAUUUGUAGUUA